UGUGCCGGCCACUCCGAUCCGGGCUCAAUCGCAACAUUCUCCACCCGCGGCCCCGCGAAAUUCCAUUCCACUUCCAUCCACACGCGGCGUCGCCUUUUCCCCGUGCGCUUUGGUUCCUUGACUCCUUCCCUCCUUCCUCCCCGCUUUACGCCGCUGCCUCGCCCUCGUCUACGCUGCUGCGCGUUCCCCCACGUUCCUGGCUGGCUGCCUGCUCGGUGCGAUUCGGCUGUUUCUUCCGAUCGGUAAGCGGCGGAGAUGGGUAUCCCGGGUUGAUUGGGAGGCGUGAACCCUUCUUGGAUUUGGACACCGGUUGCGUAAGGAAGUGCGGCGUGGAAUGGGAUGGGCUCUGAUUUGAAUUUCUGGUUUCGCGUCAUGCUUUCCGCAGAUUCACGCGUCUCGUUUCGCCCUUUUUCUUCCCUUGUUAUGAUGAUUCUUGCACGCCUCUGUAUUUUCCUUCGCUUAACCGGCACGGUUCGUCGUUCGUUCGAUCCAAUCCUCCUCUGUUCGUAACCCGUGGAUUUUGACCAACGGAAGCAUUCCUUUUGCUUUCCUAGUUAGUUUCGGUGGCUUCACGUAUUGAUUUCGAGUGUUUGCUUUUGAAUUGAUUUCAGGAGGCGUUGGCAGUUCAUGGAAUCUGACCGGAUCACACGUCGAAUCCGAGCAACCGAGCAGGCCAGGAGGUUCAAGAAAGGGGCAAAUGUGGCGUCUGUUCAAUGACCUGUGGGAUGUGCUAGGAUCCGGAUUUUUCUCGUCCAGGUUUCUCUAAUUCAACUAUCUCGAAAUCUCGACACCUCAGCCCUGCCCGUGUGUUGUGCGUCGGGAAUCAGGAUCACCCGAUAGCCUCGAGAUUUGAGAAGAGAUGGACGACGAGGAUUACUCGUGGGUGCGGCGGACGCGGUUCUCCCACUCCGUCGUCCGCUCCAAUUCCGGCAGGUCGCAGUUCGGCGCCUUCGUCGAACAGUUCAACCGCGGCGCCGCGCUGAAGCAGAAGGGAUCUGCCUCGGGGUUCAAGCUCCAUGGCCUCAACAUGGAGCCAGGGACGAGGCUCUCCGCCUCCUCCAUUCCGACCACGAGUUCACUGAGCGCCCAGCCGAAGCCGCAGGACUCGCCUUCACUCGCCGAACGGAAGCAGCACGAGAAGGCUAGUGAUCAUCCGUUGCAAGAAGCAUCGGCGAAGCAGGACGAUGGCAAGGCUGCAAAUGGGGAGAAGGGAAGCAGCAACCUAAGCGUGGCCGUCCAUCGCGAGCCCGUGGCGCAGAGCCCGGAGGAUGAGAGCCCUGGAGCUCUUGAGUUCUCCUUCCACCCCGAUGAUCAGAGCUUGAGGCUGCAGAGAGCGUGCUCUAGCCCCGCUCCUUUCCCGAGCAAGAAAACGCCACGCAGUGACGCCAUGGUGCGCAGCUCUUCGCUGCAUGUCCACGGCGAGGGGCCGAGGACGAAGCAGAGGGCGAGAUCCCCUCUCCCAACUCGCGACGUUUCUGACGUGUUUCAGGAGGCCAAAUCAUCCAGCAAGAGAUUCUCCACCCCACCGCCACGUCGGAGAUCCAUGUCUUCGCAAGCACUGAAUGGGAGUCCGCCGGUGGCCUUAGCCCCGGCGAAGGCGCUGGGCAAGCUGAAGCAGAGGAAGGAGUGCCUUGCCAAUGGAAGGGCGAAGGUUGCUGCACUGGAGGUGCUCGAGAAAUGGUCCGUUGAUCGCUCUCAACUGCUCAUUGGGCACAGAUUUGCUUCCGGGGCCCACAGCCGGUUGUUCCACGGAAUCUACAAAGAGCAGCCUGUUGCCGUCAAGUUCAUCAGACAGCCUGAUGAUGAGGAAGAUGCAGAGCUAGCUGCUCAGCUUGAGAACCAGUUCAACACGGAGGUUGCCACACUGUCACGCCUCAACCACCCUAAUGUCAUUAAGCUGGUUGGAGCAUGCAGCAGUCCUCCGGUAUUCUGUGUCAUCACUGAGUUCCUCUCUGGGGGUUCUUUAAGAGCGUUUCUGCACAAGCUGGAUCACAAAUCUCUUCCUCUAGACAAGAUUAUCUCAAUCAGCUUGGAUAUCGCACACGGCAUGGCAUACAUUCACUCGCAAGGAGUUGUCCAUCGUGAUGUGAAGCCAGAGAACAUCAUAUUUGACGGAGAAUUUUGUGCAAAGAUUGUUGAUUUUGGAAUAGCUUGUGAAGAAGCGUACUGUGACCCUCUGGCAAAUGACACUGGGACUUUCAGAUGGAUGGCUCCAGAGAUGAUGAAGCACAAAUCAUAUGGUCGAAAAGUCGAUGUUUACAGCUUUGGCCUUAUCUUAUGGGAAAUGUUUUCCGGUUCAAUACCGUAUGAAGACCUGACUCCAUUCCAAGCAGCUUUUGCUGUUUUUGACAAGAAUGUGAGGCCGGUCAUUCCUGCUAGCUGCCCAGCGCCAGUACGACUUCUAAUCGAGCAAUGUUGGACCUCGCAUUCGGAGAAGAGGCCUGAAUUCUGGCAAAUUGUUCAAAUAUUGGAUAAAUUUAAGAUGGUUCUUGACAGAGAUGGAACACUCGAGAGCAUGCCAAGCUCUAACUGCCAGGAGACUCAUGAUCACAAGAACUGGCUAGCUCAUUGGGUCCAGAAGCUCAAACAUAGCCAGCCUGAUCUCUCUGGACCUCCGCCGCCAAAACUGUUGUAACUAUUCAGCAUCUUCUUCUCCCUUCCAAACUGUGCUAUUCUGAUAGGCCACAUAAUGUAAUUUUCAGUUCUUUUCUGGUAUAUAAAGAAAGAUCACUUGUUUGUCUUCA